UCUGGGGUUUGGCUUGGGAGCUCACAGACCCCCCGCCCCACAGUUCUGGCUACUGUCCCGGUGCGCACGGACGUGGCUCGAGUUUCCUCUGAGCUCGGCUCUUGCUCGGUCUUCUUCCUCUCGCUGCUCCUCCUCUCAAGUCUCCCGCUCCACCCGGCCGGCCCAGCGCGGCUCUGGGUAGCCAUGGAGGACACCCAGCUCCAUAUCAUCGAGCAGCCCCUCCCCGGGUACUCCGAUGCCGGGGACCCGGGACCCUCUCUCGUGGGGUCGCCGGCGACGGAGGAGCCGUCGGGGGCCGGGUCUGAGGAGCUGAUCAAAUCGGAUCAGGUGAAUGGCGUGCUGGUGCUAAGUCUUCUGGACAAAAUCAUCGGCGCGGUCGACCAGAUCCAACUGACCCAGGCCCAGCUGGAGGAGCGGCAGGCGGAGAUGGAGGGCGCCGUGCAGAGCAUCCAGGGCGAGCUGAGCAAGUUGGGCAAGGCACACGCCACUACCAGCAACACCGUGAGCAAGUUGCUGGAAAAGGUGCGCAAGGUCAGCGUCAACGUGAAGACCGUGCGCGGCAGCCUGGAGCGCCAGGCCGGCCAGAUCAAGAAGCUGGAGGUCAACGAGGCCGAGCUGCUGAGGCGCCGCAACUUUAAAGUCAUGAUCUACCAGGAUGAAGUGAAGCUGCCGGCCAAGUUGAGCAUCAGCAAAUCGCUGAAGGAGUCGGAGGCGCUGCCCGAGAAGGAGGGCGACGAGCUGGCUGAGGGCGAGCGGCCUGAGGAGGAUGCAGCGCUGGAGCUGUCGUCCGACGAGGCAGUGGAGGUGGAGGAGGUCAUCGAGGAGUCGCGUGCCGAGCGCAUUAAGCGCAGUGGUAUGCGGCGCGUGGAUGACUUCAAGAAAGCGUUUUCCAAGGAGAAGAUGGAGAAGACCAGGGUGCGCACCCGAGAGAACUUGGAGAAGACGCGCCUCAAGACCAAGGAGAACCUGGAAAAGACGCGACACACGUUGGAGAAGCGCAUGAACAAGCUGGGCACGCGCCUCGUCCCCGCAGAGCGGCGCGAGAAGAUGAAAACCUCGCGAGAGAAGCUGCGUAAGUCCUUUACGCCUGACCACGUGGUCUACGCUCGCUCCAAGACCGCUGUGUACAAGGUGCCGCCCUUCACUUUCCACGUCAAGAAGAUCCGCGAGGGUGAGGUGGAGGUGCUCAAGGCCACCGAGAUGGUGGAGGUGGGUGCCGACGACGACGAGGGCAUCGCGGAGCGCAACGAGGCCGCAGACCUGCUGCGCGGGAGCAGCCCUGACGUUCACACGCUGCUGGAGAUCACCGAGGAGUCCGACGCCGUGCUGGUGGACAAGAGCGACAGCGACUGAGCCG